AUGGCCCCUAAACAUUGUAUCAGGAUAUCCAUGAUCCAUGAUUUUUCCAUCUGCUUCAGCAUUGCGAACGCCAUGGACAAUACCACCACAUGUAAAAUAUGUUUCCAUCUCAACGUCAGUCUGCGAGAGGUUGAUUCUGAACUGGUCAAGGCCACAGCCAUCACCGGAUGCGCAGGGUGUGGCUUGCUUUUGUCUAUGACUUCACACUUCUUCCAGGAGCAGGUACUCGCUUUGGAUUUACUGGUGGAUUGUCCAGCAUCACUUGAACCUCGAGGCCCUCUGCAGAUCCAUGUCAAAAUUGCCAACAACAGCGUUCACGUCCUGGAGCUGUUUCGACACUCAAGCACCCGCGACAGGAUUUGCAAGCGGGUGGAAGAGCAAGGAAUAGGAAUGGGUAUUGGCUGGGCUAGACGGCUCGCCAACCAUUCAGACUCUCCAGAAUGUUGGUAUCUAGCCAAGGAAUGGUUGAAUGAAUGCCGAAAACACCACUCUGAGUGCUCUGGGCCUGCCAACCCCCAGCUUCCUACCAGAGUUAUCUCUGCCCAUCAUCAUUGUUGGGGAUGGUCUAUGCCGACCAAAGUCAAGCUGACAGCAAAAACCUUUUCCAUCUGGAAAGACGGAUUUCUGCUGCACGAUCUUCCUCAGACUUUCCGGGACGCAGUGAGGAUAACAAGAGCCCUUGGUAUACCAUAUCUCUGGAUCGACACGCUCUGCAUCAUGCAGGACAGUCAAGAGGAUUGGGCAAAAGAGUCAUCGAGGAUGGCUAGUAUUUACACCAAUGCAAUCCCGACCAUUGGCGCUGACCAGUUCUCGGAUUGCCAUGGUGGUAUCUUUGGGGAGAGGAUGGAUCGGGACACGGAGGCACUGGCCGUCCAGUUGCCACUGACGACACAGUGCUCCUCGGACUGUCAGUGUUGUACAAUAUAUGCAAGGAGACAUCGAAGCAGGAGCUAUCCAUUUCUCAGCCACGCCGCGGACUCGGAUAUCGAAUCUACCCGCGAGGUUCCCGUCACCAGAUCGCUCACAUCCGGAUUACAUUCGCGUGGAUGGACCAUGCAGGAAAGGCUGCUUUCCAAACGCAUGCUGCACUUGACUCCGUUUGAAAUGGCCUGGGAAUGUACCAAAGAGGUGUCUUGCGAGUGCCGACUCUGGGGUAGCGUCCCCAAGCAGUUCCUGGUCUUUCGCAGGGCAUUUGUCUACCCCAUCAAUAAGUGGACAGAGACCGAAUGCCAACACCAAGUCGAAACGGGACAUGACAACAUGUUGACACAGAUACACGGUCCGCUCGUCCAGGAAGCUCGGGGUAACAUGUCCAGUAUUGUUCACUUACACUGGCAGCUUGUUGUUCUUGAAUUCUCGGCCAGGUGUUUGACCGUUGAGACAGACCGGCUCACAGCACUCGCCGGAAUUGCCGACCGUCUCUGCCGUGUUACUUCGCAGCAAUACUAUUACGGAAUCCUCUCUGAUCAUGCGGUUCGAGGACUGCUUUGGAGACACAAACCAAAUCCAAAACGCAAGCAAGCAAGCCACCGUUUGCCAGUGGGCUCAGCUCCAUCAUGGUCUUUUGGGUCUGUUGCCGGGAAAGUCGGUUUGUACCGAACCCCGAGAGGUUUACGCUUCUCGUCUCUUCUGCAACGAUACACCAUAUUUCGAGACAGCUGGCGUCAGAGAACCCUUAUGGCUCAGGUAGGGGCGCAGUGGAUAUCACGGGAGUUUUGGUGA